CAUUUAAGGAGCGCUUGCGGGUCCGUGUGCUAGGGACUCGGCAGGGCACUCUGGGGCCCAGGUGGAACGGGCGAGGCAGGUGCGUCACCGGGUGGCUCCGAAAAGCAGUAAACGGUGCCAGGACAGAGGACGCUUGGUACGCGGGGACCUGCCCAGCCUGAGGGCCGACUUCCUGGAGGAAGUGGUGACCGAAGAUACGCCUGGCCGGUCUUUAGUGUCCCCGAGAGCCAGCCGUGGCCUCCGCCGUCCAGCACCUAACUUACGGGCUCCAACGGCCCCGUGCCGCUCGAGUGCCUUCUCUGUGUAUUCGCCGGGGUGGUCUGCAUUUUUCCGGGUUAACGUACAGACGGCACCGAGGCCACCGCUCCCCCUCCUAACCCAGGUCGAGUAGGGCGGUGCAGCAUGUCCCACAAGCGACCCCGUCGCCACGCCCCGCCCCCUGCCCGUUCACCGGAAGUGCUCCUGCGGGAGCGGAAGUGCGCGCCUACAGCGGCCGGCGGGGUUUCGGGAUGGUGGGCGGCGGCGGCGGUGUGGGGAGCGGCCUCCUGGAGAACGCUAACCCCCUCAUCUACGAGCGCUCUGGGGAGCGACCGGUGACUGCGGGCGAGGAGGACGAGCAGGUUCCAGACAGCAUCGACGCGCGCGAGAUCUUCGAUCUGAUUCGCUCCAUUAAUGACCCGGAGCAUCCACUGACACUGGAAGAAUUGAACGUAGUAGAGCAAGUCCGGGUUCAGGUGAGCGAUCCUGAGAGCACGGUGGCCGUGGCCUUCACACCCACCAUUCCACACUGCAGCAUGGCCACCCUUAUUGGCCUAUCCAUCAAAGUCAAGCUUCUUCGAUCCCUUCCCCAGCGUUUUAAGAUGGAUGUGCACAUUACACCGGGGACCCAUGCCUCGGAGCACGCAGUGAACAAGCAGCUUGCAGAUAAGGAACGGGUAGCAGCCGCCCUAGAGAAUACCCACCUGCUGGAGGUUGUGAACCAGUGCCUGUCAGCCCGCUCCUGAGCCUGGCUUCUUGCCCCCAGUCACACCCAGGGCUCAUGUCCAAGUUUUCUUGAAUCACUGACAAUGAGAAACUAACAUUUUGCAUUUUGUAAUAAACCCUUAAUUUAUAUUCA